AUGCUCCCCCUUUUCCACCACGCUAUUGCACUUUGCUCCCCCCGUCGUCUUUUCCUUGCUUUCCCCACUGCUUCCGCUUUCGCAACCCACUGCUUCCCCUCUCUUAACACGCUGCUCCCCCUCUUUCAACCCAUUUCUUCCCCUCUUGGAUCAUGGCCUAUUUGCCCCCCUCCUGUCCCGCGCUUUCCCCUUGCCUUUCCUUCCCUUUGUCUUUCCCUACAUCCCCCCUUAGAAUUUCCCUCCUUUUCCGCUUGUCAUUCCCUCAAUUCCCCCUUUGCAUUUCCCUCCUUUUCCCUUGUCCUUCCCUCUACCCCCCACGUUGCCAUCCCCUCCGUUUCCCCGUGUCCUCCCUUUUAUCCCCCCGUUGCCCUUCCCUCCCUUUCUCCUUGUCCUUCCCUCCAUCCCGCCUUUGCCCUUCCCUCCCUUUCCCGUUGUCCUUUCAUCCAUCCCAACUUUGCCCUUCCCACCCUUUCCCCUUGUCUUUCUCUCCAUCUCUCCUUUGCCCUUUUCCCACUCGGGAUUGUAACACCCUUCCCUCCCUUUCUCCUUGCCUUCCUUCCCUUUCCCCUUGCCCAUCCCUCCCUUUCCCCUUGUCCUUCCCUCUGUCACCCCCUUGCCCAACCUUCCCUUACCCUAUGCUUCCCCCUUCUAUUCUGCCUUGCCUGUCCGUCCCUUGUCCAUCGCCUUUCCCUCCCUUUCCCCUUGUCCCCCCCCCUUUCCCUCUCAUAG